UUGUGUAUGCAUUAUGGCGGAUCCAAGAGACAAAAGUCUUCAGGACUACAGGAAAAAAUUACUUGAGCAUAAGGAGAUUGAUGGACGACUAAAAGAAUUGCGGGAGCAGCUUAGGGAGCUUACAAAGCAGUAUGAGAAAUCUGAAAAUGACCUCAAAGCUUUGCAGAGUGUUGGACAGAUUGUUGGUGAAGUUCUAAAGCAGCUAACAGAGGAGAAAUUUAUUGUGAAGGCGACAAAUGGUCCAAGAUAUGUGGUUGGCUGUCGUAGACAGCUGGACAAAUCAAAAUUGAAGCCUGGCACCAGAGUUGCUUUAGACAUGACUACACUGACUAUUAUGAGGUACCUCCCUAGAGAAGUAGACCCACUGGUGUACAACAUGUCUCAUGAGGACCCGGGUAACAUCUCAUACUCUGAGAUCGGUGGAUUGUCUGAGCAGAUUCGUGAGCUCAGAGAGGUGAUUGAGUUACCUUUAACAAACCCUGAGCUCUUCCAAAGAGUGGGCAUUAUUCCUCCUAAAGGAUGCUUGCUGUAUGGACCACCAGGGACUGGUAAAACUCUACUUGCAAGAGCAGUUGCAAGCCAGCUUGACUGUAAUUUUCUAAAGGUGGUGUCCAGUUCCAUUGUGGACAAGUACAUUGGUGAAAGUGCUAGACUGAUCAGGGAAAUGUUCAACUAUGCCCGAGAUCACCAACCCUGCAUUAUCUUCAUGGAUGAAAUUGAUGCCAUCGGUGGUCGGCGGUUCUCUGAAGGAACAUCAGCUGACAGAGAGAUACAGAGAACAUUAAUGGAGCUUUUGAAUCAGAUGGAUGGUUUUGACACUCUGCACAGAGUUAAGAUGAUCAUGGCCACCAAUCGCCCAGAUACACUUGAUCCUGCUCUGCUACGUCCAGGCAGAUUGGAUCGUAAAAUCCAUAUUGAGCUGCCAAACGAACAAGGUCGACUAGACAUUAUGAAGAUCCACUCUGGUCCCAUCACCAAGCAUGGAGACAUAGAUUAUGAAGCUAUUGUGAAGCUGUCUGACGGAUUCAAUGGGGCGGAUUUAAGAAACGUCUGCACAGAAGCAGGCAUGUUUGCUAUCCGGGCUGACCACGAGUAUGUUACUCAGGAAGACUUCAUGAAAGCUGUGAGGAAGGUGGCAGACUCAAAGAAACUAGAAUCUAAGCUGGACUACAAGCCUGUUUAAAAUAAACCUGCCAAUAAUGGUUCAAAUGUAACUGUUGCCUAAAUAAUGACACAGUUACAUACGAUGCAGACUCCAUUUGUCUGGGUUGUCAUGUUCUUUAAAUAAAGUAUCAAAGAAUAGGUUUGUACCUUGUGGUGUAUUAGUCUAAAUAACAUUUUUACAUGUAAAAAUAACAGAAACUCAACAAAGCAUGUAGAACAUUGAGACUGUCUAUCAUAAUAAACUAUUUACAAAUUAAAA